AUGGCCAAUAGCGCCUGGUCAGAUAUGUUCCCGAAUGGAAGAUCCUACUACCUCCAGUUCGAAAGCUCCGACCACAUGCCUGUUAUAUCCACCUUUGAUUCAAAAAAGAAGAAACCCUCACGACUGUUCAGAUACGAUAGACGACUAUGCGAUAAUCCUGAGAUCAAACUUCUUGUGGACGCUACUUGGACUUCAAGAUCUCACCUCACCGUUGCGGAAAGAAUUAGCAGAUGCAGACACGCGAUAGCAUCUUGGAGCAAAAUAUCGUAUGUCAACAGUCAGAAGAAGAUCGUGGAACUGAAAGCAGCACUGGAUCAAGCAAUGGCAGAAACUCUAAUUGACGACUCUUCCAUCUCUUCACUCAACCGCGACCUCCUCCAGGCCUACAAGGCAGAGGAGGAGAAUACUGGCUUCUUCCACGCUGCAACUAAAGGCCGUAGAGCUAGGAACAGGAUCUCAGUGAUUGAAGAUACCUCAGGAAACCCGAUCUUUGAGGAGGAUGAGAUAGGCAAAGUCAUUGCUGAAUACUUUAAAAAGAUCUUCACCUCCUCUAAUCCUACAGCAGUGGACAUCGUCAGUAGAUCUAUAGCACCGUGCAUAACCCCUAAGACCAAUGAGAAACUCACAACUACUCCCUCGGCAUUGGAGAUCCGUGAGGCGAUGUUUGUAAUUCAUCCCGACAAGGCGCCAGGGCCAGAUGGGUUCUCAGCAAGCUUCUUCCAGUCAAAUUGGGACGUAGUGGGCCCUGCAAUUACAAAAGAAAUUCAAGGUUUCUUUAUCUCGGGGGCUUUACCAUAUUCUAUUAAUUCUACCCACAUCAGACUGAUCCCAAAGAUACAAAGUCCUAAGCAAGUCUCUGAUUACCGGCCCAUUGUCCUAUGCAAUGUCUACUACAAAACCAUUUCUAAGAUUUUAUCUAUCAGACUUAAACCGGUUCUACACGACAUUGUAUCAGCUAAUCAAUCAGCCUUCGUACCUGAUCGUGCAAUACAGGACAACUUCCUCAUCACGAAUGAAAUGCUACACUAUCUGAAAGCCUCAGGAGCAACCAUUCACUGUUCAAUGGCAGUCAAAACAGAUAUUAGUAAGGCAUAUGACAGGCUUGAAUGGUCAUUUAUAAGAGUUGUAUUAGAGAGAUUGGGAUUCAAUGAUACCUUCGUAAACUGGAUGAUGGAAUGUAUAUCUACGGUCUCUUAUUCCUUCCUACUGAACAAUGAAGUGGUGGGAGAGGUACUUCCACAGAGAGGAAUUCGCCAAGGGGAUCCUCUAUCACCCUAUAUCAUCAUCAUCUGUGCAGAGGUGCUCUCAGGCCUCUGCAAAACAACACAAGAAAACGGUACAUUACCAGGGAUCAGAGUAUCACGUUAUGGUCCAAAGGUUAAUCACCUUUUGUUCGCUGAUGACACUAUGAUACUCACCAAGACUGACCCACUUUCCUGCGCAACACUUGUUGAGAUCCUCCAUAGCUAUGAAAAAGCCUCAGGCCAAAUGAUCAAUGCUCAGAAAUCUUCUAUCUCUUUCUCUAGCAAAACACCAGUUGAGAUCAGAUCAAGAGUUAAAGAAAAACUGGGAAUUGACAAGGAGGGGGGAGUAGGAAAAUACCUGGGUCUUCCAGAACACUUCGGUAGAAGGAAAAAAGAUCUAUUUGCAUCCAUCGUGGACAGUAUGAGACAGAAAGCGGCCAGCUGGUCCACACAGUUUCUCUCCACCGCCGGGAAAGCUACUAUGAUCCAAUCAGUUCUAUAUGCCAAACCAAACUUCGCUAUGUCAAGCUUCCUGCUCCCGGUUAGUCUCUGUAAACAAAUCCAAUCAAUACUUACCCGUUUUUGGUGGGAUGAUAAAGACGGGGAGAAGAAGAUAUGCUGGAAGUCCUGGGAUACUCUAACACACCCUAAAAGUCUUGGAGGUCUGGGUUUUCGUGAUGUCCAAGCAUUUAACCAGGUCCUGCUAGCAAAGAUCGCAUGGAGAAUUUUAACUAAACCAGAUAGUAUGUUAGCAAAAGUUCUACUGAGCAAAUACUGUUACAAAACUACCUUCACGAAAGUCGCCGCAGGGUCAGCUAUCUCACACGGUUGGAGGGGGAUCCUUGUAGGUAGAGACCUACUCCUACGACAUCUUGGCAGAGUAAUAGGUAAUGGAGAGACCACCAAUCUCUGGUCAGACUCCUGGAUUGACCCGGCGUCAAAUCUCAAACCUAUAGGACCCGUACCUCUGCAAGAAAAAAACCUUAUGGUUGCUGACAUCCUCACAAGAGAAACGAAAGAAUGGAAUACAGAUCGAAUCAGAAACCUCUUACCGGAGCUAGAAGACCACAUUCUCAGUAUCAAACCGAGCGUGCUGAGAGCUGAAGACUCGUAUUUUUGGCCGCUACAGAAGACGGGAGAAUACACUGUCAAGAAGGGUUACUACUCGAUCCACAACUUGGAUAUCCAAUCGACACUACUCUUGGAGGAAGAUAACACGUGGAGCUGGAAAAAACACAUAUGGAAUCCCCCUCUCCUCCCAAAGCUCAAGUUCUUCCUAUGGAAGAUAGCCACAAACUCCCUCCCCACUGGUGCAAACCUACAAACUCGAGGUCUCCUAACCAACACGGGAUGUCCAAGAUGUGGGGAAGUUGAAACUAUAUACCAUAUCUUAUUCCACUGUGCUUUCGCACAGGAAGUCUGGUCCUUUGGCCUCUGGUCUUCACCCAUGAAAGAUGGAGAUCUAGCGACCUUCAAAGACACCCUUCAAGCCUCAUACAAGUGGAUCAAUCUCCCUCCCCUAGGAGUCACUACCGACCUUUUCCCUUGGAUUUGUUGGAAUCUUUGGACGGCUAGGAAUCUGCUAGCGUUUGAGAAUCGAACACUCUCCCCACAAGAAGUUAUCUUGAAAGCAACCCGAGCUUCAAAGGAAUGGGAGGUGGCUCAGCCGUGUAACCGCCCAAACCCUAUCUCGCCGAUCACUCAAAGACAUGCAGCUGAGACGCCAUCGCCGACGACCUUCUGUAACACAGAUGCAUCGUGGAAAUCAGACACAAAAGCAUCAGGAUUAAGAUGGAUUUUCAUAGACAACGAGAGUCAAGAGAUUACCAGAGGAUCAAGCGCUCAAUCUCACGUUUCAUCUGCCUUGAUGGCGGAGGCACUAGCAAUAAGGGAAGCGUUGAUCCAUGCCUCCUCUCUCAAUCUCACCAAAAUCUGUCUUAGAACAGACUCUCAAGCGCUCGUUAGAGCAAUCACCAUGGGAAGAAGACCUUCGGACCUCUUUGGAGUUCUCUCGGACGUCGACUCUCUGGCUUCUCCUCCGACAUCGCCCUUCGCAUUUUGUCGUUUUGUUUACAUUUUUCGGGCUCUUAAUGGAUCUGCAGAUUCAUUAGCGAAAGCCUCUUUAUCCUUAUACUUGGGCCUUAGGCCAUAA